GUGCUGGGAGCUGCUCUGCUGCUGGGAGCAGAGGGAAAAGCUGCUCCGGAGCCACCCACGUUCGGGGACAUCUAUCACGUCACAGGGAUCAUCAGCCUGCCCUACGCCGAGAUCAAGGAGCCUUUCGAGGCCUGGUACAACCUCAGCGGGGGCAAGAGCCGCAUCCAGUACUACGGCGGCCAAGUGGUCACCUACCAGCUGGGCUCCGUGGAGCCCUUCGGCGCCAGCUUCAAGGUGACGCCCGAGACCACCGAGACGGAGGUGAACGUGCGCAAGUGCUUCCGCAUCAACGGCACCGCCGGGGACCUGGUGGCCCCGCAGAGCGUUUUCCCCAGCCUGGAGCACUUCCAGUUCGUGCGGGAGGAGCACUUCCGCGGGCAGCGCUGCGCCGUGUGGCAGAACGUGUCCUACUGGGGCCGCAAGAAGAACGUGUACACGCUGCGCGUGGCCGGCUCGGCGCGCGCCGCCGUGCCCCUGCACUACGAGAUGCGCGGCUACAACAGCCUGCUGGGCUCCCACUACGACAAGUACGAGAUCUCCUACGGCUUCGGCAACUUCGCGUGCGACGGCGGCGAGGAGUGGCGCGCCUACGAGUGGAUCAAGAAGCACGGCGGCAUCGCCAGCACCGAGUCCUACGGGCCCUACCUGGGGCAGAACGGCUACUGCCACUACAACCAGUCGGAGCUGGUGGCCCCGGUGGCCUCCUACGUGAACGUGGAGCCGGGCGACACGGCCGCGCUCAAGGCCGCGCUGCUCAAGCACGGCCCCGUCGCCGUCAACAUCGACGCCUCGCACAAGUCCUUCGCCUUCUACGCCAGCGGUGUGUACGAGGAGCCCCGGUGCGGCAACGAGACGGCGCAGCUGGACCAUGCCGUGCUGGCCGUGGGCUACGGCGAGCUGCACGGCAAGGGCUACUGGCUCGUCAAGAACUCCUGGUCCACGUACUGGGGCAACGACGGCUACAUCCUCAUGGCCAUGAAGGACAACAACUGCGGCGUGGCCACGGCCGCCUCCUUCCCCAUCCUGGCCUGA